CUUCCUGAAACUAUGGCUUCAGUGAGACUAGUUGCAAAAGAGAUCGGUGCCUUGAGUGUUGAUCUCAGUGACCUAAGUCAAGAAUUGACGAAGGUUGUGAGGAGUUCCUUGAGCAUUGUUCAUACAGCUGACGCUCAACUUCGCCAGCUGGCAACCUCAGCCCAACAAGGAACCGCUCAGGGGGCGGCUAACCGGAAGAAAGCAGUAGGGGAGCCAUUGGUGGCUACUACCGUGAGAGAAGUCCGUGAGUUGAUUGCGGACAUCCGGUCAGGAUUUGGAGCAGCCUUCGGCAUCGCCAACCUUUUCAGGUGGGCAUCAAAAUUUUGGUCAAAGCGCCCUACGAAUAACUCACAGUGAUGUCUCUGAAUUUGU